AUGGGAAACCUGGAUUCGAUUCGGAUCUGGAAUAUUCUCACCCUGGAAGCCGAAAUUCAGAACGCGCUCAUAGCGAAAGGCCUCGUGGAGACCCCAAUGCGCUUCGACGACCUUGAGUUCCCGCCGCCGCAGGAGCUGCUUCCAAUUCCUGAAAAAGGCAGGAAGGGCGCCAAGAAGGCCCGGUACUGUGGGGUUUUUGGUAUGGAUGAGGCCAAAUCACCAAAUUCCUGA